UCUUUACAUAACAAACACACACAUUGAGACAAAGGUUGUGCUCCAAUGGCAACUUUCAGGAUCCAAACUCAUCCUAUAAACCAUUGCAAUAAUUUUGGUUACAUAAAAACUCGUCUUCCUUCUUCCAUCUUUUGUACAAUGCAGCAACAGCCUCCUCAAAAUAACAUUAAGGUGGUAAUUAAUGGUGCAGCUAAGGAAAUUGGAAUGGCUGCAGUAUUAGCCGUCACAAGAGCAAGAGGAAUGGAACUCGCUGGAGCUGUUGAUUCACACCUUGUAGGAGAAGACAUAGGAAAGGUAUGCGGUAUGGAAGAAGCUUUAGAGAUACCUAUUAUUAAUGAUCUCACAAUGGUACUUGGUUCCAUAUCUCAGUCAAAAGCAACAUCAGUUGUAGUUGAUUUCACUGAUCCUUCAACAGUUUACGACAAUGUCAAACAGGCAACGGCAUUUGGUAUGCAUAGUGUGGUUUAUGUACCACAAAUUAAACCUGAAACCGUAGCAGCAUUAUCUGCCUUCUGUGAGAAAGCCAGCAUGGGUUGUUUGGUAGCACCAACAUUGUCGAUAGGAUCCAUACUACUCCAACAAGCUGCAAUUUCAGCCUCAUUUCAUUAUAGAAAUGUUGAAAUUGUCGAAUCUAAAGCCAACAAAGGAGCAUUCCCCUCACCAGAUUCUGUGCAAAUUGCCAAUAACCUCUCCAACCUUGGGCAACUCUACAAUAGAGAUGAUCUUGAAACAGAUAUUCCGGCAAGAGGGCAACGAGUGGGAGAAGAUGGGGUUCGUGUGCAUAGUCUAGUCCUUCCUGGACUCGUAUCUAGUACAACAGUUCAUUUUUCAGGGCCAGGAGAGAUGUACUCAAUAAAACACGAUAUAACGAAUGUGGAGUGUCUAAUGCCAGGUCUUGUUUUAGCUAUUAGGCAAGUUGUACGUCUGAAGAAUCUCAUUUAUGGCUUAGAGAAGUUUUUGUAGAUAACAAGUGUCCUAGAUGACUUUCGUUGAUCGGUGAUAGAAAGCUAUUUUCCACUUGGAGUGUGCGGGUCAUAUUUCAAAUGAAUCAUAUCGCGAGUUGCCUUUGUACGUACCUUAGAACGAUUGAUAUUGAGCAUGUUUUGAUACUUUCCAUUGAACAUGAACACUCAUUUGAUUUGGUCGCCAAAA